AUGAGGAUGCCGGCGGGGCGCGCGCGGCCCGUGCGGGUGCUGGUGGACAUGGACGGCGUGCUGGCGGACUUCGAGGCCGGCCUGCUGCGGGGCUUCCUCCAACGGUUCCCCGGGGAGCCGCACGUGCCGCUGGAGGAGCGCCGCGGCUUCUUCGCGAACGAGCAGUACCGGGCGCUGCGCCCGGACCUGGCGGUAGGGAGAGGGUGGACAGGAAGGGUGCGGCGCGAGGGGAGCGGGGAGCCCGGACCCCACAGGACAUCCGGGGACGGGGGACCUCUCCCCUGGGACAAAGUAGCCAGUGUGUAUGAAGCCCCAGGCUUUUUCCUAGACUUGGAGCCCAUCCCUGGAGCCUUGGAAGCCAUGCGGGAGAUGAAUGACAUGCAGGACAGCACCCAGGUCUUCAUCUGCACAAGCCCUCUGAUGAAGUACGACCACUGUGUGCAGGAGAAGUACCGCUGGGUGGAGAAGCACCUGGGACCCCAGUUUGUGGAGCGCAUUAUCUUGACGAGGGACAAGACAAUGAUCUCGGGGGACCUACUCAUUGAUGACAAGGAGGUCAUUCAAGGCCACGAGGAGAGCCCCAGCUGGGAGCACAUCCUGUUCACCUGCUGCCACAACCAGCACCUGGCCCUGCCCCCGCCUCGGAGACGGCUGCGCUCCUGGAGCGACAACUGGAGGGAGAUUAUAGACAGCAAGCGGCGAGCCCUGCCUCCGGACCCCGACGGCCUGGGGCUUCCCCAACAAUGAGGCCGGAGUAGGGCGAGGCAGACGGGCAGGAAAGCCGGGCAGAACCGAGUCCCCGUGCAGCCUUGAGGCGGUGACCCCUAAGCACCGCGCCGGCCAGAAACGCGCUGGGAGAACACACAUCUUUUAAAUAAAACGCUUUGGCUCGCUGCUC